GUUCUGAUUUCGUCUCUCUUCUCUUUGACGUCGUCGUCGUCUCUCUCUCUCUCUCUCUCCCUCUUCAAUAUGUUUUUCCUGCGAGGAGCUUCUUUCAAUAUAAGAUUAGAGAAGAGAGCUUCUUCAAAACUGUGAAAUCUCAGGUUCUGAUUUUGGAAGCUCUUGGCGAAUUGAGUUGUUCCUUCUUGGGUCUAUUUGAUGUUAUAGUGUUAGGUUAUUCCGAUGAUGGAGCUCUCUGGUUCGUUGUUGAGAUAGCUAUAACGAGAUUUCUAGGGAUCUUUAGUGGAGAGGAAAAUGUCGACGAAGAUGAAAGGAGAGUAUUCUUCUUCUAGAAGCUUCGCUUCAAGGAAAUAUACAAUAUUACUCUGCUUAGGAAGCUUCUGCCUCGGUUUGUUCUUCACCGAUCGGAUGUGGAGUAUUCAGGAAUCUAAAGGCAUGUCUCGUCCAUCUGUAACCGAAGCUGAAAGAUUGAAACUCAUCUCUGAAGGCUGCAAUCCAAAACCUCUUUAUCAGAAAGAAGUCAAAAGAGAUCCUCAGGCUUUGCUUGGACAAGUAGCCAAUACACAUAUUGCAUUACAGACAUUGGAUAAGACCAUUUCAAGCUUAGAGAUGGAGUUAGCUGCAGCAAGGUCUGUGCAGGAAUCUUUACAAAACGGUGCUCCUGUCUCAGAUGAUAUGGGGAAGAAGCAACCGCAGGUGAAGAGACGGUAUCUGAUGGUCGUAGGGAUUAAUACAGCUUUUAGUAGCAGAAAGAGAAGGGAUUCUAUUCGAGCAACCUGGAUGCCUCAAGGGGAAAAAAGAAAGAGACUUGAAGAAGAGAAGGGGAUUAUCAUCCGGUUUGUCAUUGGUCACAGUGCAACGGCCGGGGGAAUUCUAGAUCGAGCUAUAGAAGCUGAGGACAGGAAGCAUGGAGAUUUCUUGAGACUAGACCAUGUUGAAGGGUACCUAGAGUUGUCAGGCAAGACAAAAACUUACUUUUCUACAGCUUUUUCAAUGUGGGAUGCAGAUUUCUAUGUCAAAGUAGAUGAUGAUGUUCAUGUAAAUAUAGCAACUCUUGGGGAAACUCUUGUUAGACACCGGAAAAAACCACGGGUCUAUAUCGGUUGCAUGAAAUCUGGUCCUGUCCUCUCUCAAAAAGGUGUGAGAUACCAUGAGCCAGAGUACUGGAAAUUUGGUGAGAAUGGGAACAAAUACUUCCGUCAUGCUACUGGACAGUUAUACGCUAUUUCAAGAGACUUGGCUUCUUAUAUUUCAAUCAAUCAGCAUGUUCUUCACAAGUAUGCGAACGAAGAUGUUUCACUAGGAGCUUGGUUUAUCGGGAUUGAUGUGAAGCACAUCGACGAUAGAAGAUUAUGCUGUGGCACGCCUCCUGAUUGUGAAUGGAAAGCGCAGGCUGGAAACAUUUGUGUAGCAUCAUUCGACUGGAGCUGCAGUGGAAUCUGCAGAUCAGCAGAUCGCAUCAAAGAGGUUCAUCGACGUUGCGGUGAAGGCGAGAAGGCUCUUUGGAGUGCCACAUUUUGACAUAUAGAAACAGAUAAAUGAUAAAAGCAUAGACGGAUUUGUUCAUCCCCAAAACAGCUCAAAGAUCAGACAAAAGUACAGAGAUACAAUUCCAAGAGGCAAGAGUUACCCACUUCUUGUAUUCAUAGGUACAUUACAUAGGAGAGGCAGAAUUAGAGAGAUAAGUGUGGAAAGUGGAAACCUCUGGCAAGAAUCGCGAUUGCGUUUGGAUAUGUUACGAUUGUGGCGUUUCCGUUUUAGUAUAAGGAAACCGAACACUACAGUGAAAACGCAAUGCUGUAUUCGUUUCGGGAGCAAGUUGUGGAUUUGUUUACAUCAAUACAAAAUUAUGCCCUCCUUCUUUUGGCUAUCAUCAAACUACAUAUUGCAGCAUAGACAUAAAUCUAAUUAUCAGGAGCUUUAAAACUUCUUAAGCUUAACAGUGUCUAUAAAGUAAGAAAAACUUGGGAAAGUUGGAAAAUUGUUCAUAAAAAUUGAUACUUUUAUUUUGCCAGACACACACUUUGGUUCUUACCAGCGUCUUCUGACUUGACAACCUAGUGAGAGCAUUAAGAAGAAAUUGGAGAUGCUGAAGAAGGUGAUUGCGACCGGUUUAUCGAGGCAUGGUGUCCCGUUUGCAGAAUCUGAGGGUCAAGUGGUCCCUUUUGUCUCUAGUUGCCUUCUUAAUAGAGUGGUCGUUACUUCCAAAUCGAAGUUUCCAGGACCAAGAACUUAGUGAACCCACUUGUUAUCUGGGUAUAGAAAAUUACGUUAGAGACGACGACUUAAUGGAUUGUUUUAGUUAUGAUUAAGCUUUAACCGAUUAAAAGUAAACAACUUGAA